AUGGCUGAGCUCAACCAUGUCUCUCACGAAUGUGCGUUGACCGUGCCUAAGAUCGUAGAAAAUGGCAUCUGCAACAUUUGCAACAAAGACGAACUUGUGGAAUACGCAUGUGACCGGUGUAACUUCGAUCUCUGCAAAACCUGCUCCUAUCUACCCCAGAAAGUGUCACAUGAUUUUCACAUGGAGCAUCCACUAGAGUUUUGUCUGCCCCAAAAUGAUCAAAAACAACCAAGAUAUAUCAUCUGCAGUGGGUGUGGGAGCAUGUCUUCCGGAUGCUUCUACGAGUGUAAAGAGUGUGAGAUCUACUUGGAUCUUGGUUGUGCCCUCAUGGGGAAUAUCACCACAGGUUGGGACGCCAAGGAGCUGCUUAGUGACUACCAUGCCCACUUGGUUAAAAGGUGUAGACCAGGACCGGACGCUAGAGGCUCUUGCCUUCUCUGUGAGCUUUCCCUCUCUCCAUCAGCUAUAUGUUAUGGUUGUGUUCAUUGUUACUUGUUUUUCCAUGAGCAUUGCCUUUAUGAAAUUCCAACAAAGAUUCUACACCCUGUGCAUCAGUCACACCCUCUCAAACGCUUCAACUACAUACAAAACUGUGGUGCUAAUGGAAGAAACUGUGAUGCUUGUGGAGGGGAGAUAUACAGUGUACCGUUUGGUUGCUCAAAGUGCAAUUUCAAGCUACACCUAAGGUGUGCGGACUCAUUGUUGCGAGGUCUGAUGCAUCACUCUCAUGAGCACAGAUUGUUUUAUACAAACACUUCUGGUUCUUGUCGUUUCGGGAAAACUGGGUAUUGUCAUAUAUGCAAGGCUUAUUGUGGGAGACCUUUCUAUUACUGCAUGGAAUGUGAUUCGAGGUUUCAUAUGGAGUGUCUUGAGAUACCCAACUCUGUGGUCGAUAAAUCUUAUCACAUUCAUCCACUUGUCUGCAAAGUAUUUCUUAGAGAUGAAGAUGACGAUUCUCUGGAGUAUUGUGGCGUUUGCGAAAUGGUAGUACACACAGGACAUCAUGCUUAUUGCUGUGGAACAUGUGAUUUCCUUUCCCAUAUUGAAUGCACUCUACGCAAGGGAGCAGAAAUUUCCCCAAUGUACUUGAAAGAUUUGUAUUCCUGUGACCAAGACAUCACUGACCAAGAUGACAGCAAAACCAUCAACUUAGAAAACGAACUUUUGGUUAAUAGUGUCGGGGGGCACACUCAUGUGCUAAGAUCCAUAGCUUUGAGCGAGCUUGAUGAGCGUGCAAAAUGCAACAUAUGUAGUGGAAUUAUAUAUGGUAAAGCAUGUAAAUGCGAGACAUGUAGCUUCCAGACACAUAAUUUCUGUGCGGAGUUAGGGCUACCAAUAAGGCAUCGGUUUCAUUCCAACCAUCCUUUGACACUCCUACCAGAUUCCCCUGUUGCUGGGAUUAGUAUGAACUGUGACAUUUGCCGUAAGGAAAUAUCUGGGUUUAAUCUCUUCUGUCGCAUAUGCAGUUUUAUCAUCCAUGUUCAGUGCGUCUUAGAAGAUCAACAGUUUCUUGGGACGUUACACAGAGGGCAGAAACUCAUGGUUAGAAACGCACGAGGAGAUGAUUGCAUCAAGACCAACACUCAUGGGACGUAUGGAGCUACUGUUUCAAGCUCAUAUCUGAUCACUUGCACUAUUUGUGAAGAGAGGCUGUGUGGAAAAGUUGUGUCAUGUAUUGAUUGCAGAGAAGUAUAUCAUCCUUGGUGCCUUAAAGCUUUGAGACGAAGAAUACCCUUUCAUCCACUUCACCCUGAUCACGAUCUUAGAUUUUUGGUUGUAAGUGGAUCCAAGUGCAUUGUCUGCAAACUGAACAUUACAAAGUAUGGCUAUACUUGUCGCAAAUGCGAAGUUAGUCUCCACUUCAAAUGCGUCAAAGCAGUUGAUAUACCAGAAAAGAUCAAGUAUCAUAUUCACUAUCUCUAUAACUUUUGGGAAGAGCAUUCAACUCGAGUCUGUAGUGUUUGUGCAAGACGUUGCGGUGCAUCAUUCUACGGAUGUGUCGAAUGUAACUUCAGCGCCCAUGUAGAGUGUGUUGGGUUUCCAAGAUAUGUAAAGAAUCAACGCCAUCAACAUACAGUCGAGCUAAAUAAGAGCAAAGACAUCAAUUGUGUAUAA